CAGAAAAUACAAUAAAAAUGCGCGCAUUUGGAUAUAAUAUGAGAUAUUUGAAGUGAAAAGAUUUAGCGCCGAACUCGCCGCCGACGAUGGAAGCCACGCUCCGGUUCAAUCCUCAACUGUUUGGGGUCAGACCGGCUAAAAUUAGAGGUAGUUGUUACUAUGAACGUAAUUUGCAACUGUGCCGUCCUCUGUAUAAGAAAGCUUGUAUGCCUCUGAACAUCAAUUUCUACACAGAAUCAACAAGAGGAAGACGACCUUUUAUUUUAAGAACAAUUAAGAAAUUCUCCAUCAGUUCUUCUUCACCUGAUCAUCAGCGUCAGAGUGAUUGUACGAGUGCGGAGCCGGUGUCUGCAGAAGAAGCUAUAGCGCUUCGUGCUAAUAAUAAUGCUCGUGAUUUUCGCAGUUUGAAUGGUGCUAGUGUAAAUAGUGACAGUACGAGUAGUGAUUUGCUGUCGAGACCUAAAAUGUUUCGAAAUAGGUUUCUGGAUUUUGUGCGGAUAAGCUCGGUUCUUAAUAAUGCUGCUGAAUCGUUUUUCAAGAGCGAGAUUAGACGGAGGUUGUUUGUGACGGCAGUACUGAUUGUAAUCAGUCGUGUUGGUUAUUAUAUUCCUUUGCCUGGAUUUGAUAGAAGAUUGAUACCUCAGGAUUACCUUAGCUUUAUCUCGGGUUCUGUUGAUGAACUUGGUGAUUUAACUGCAGAGCUUAAACUGUCCUUAUUUCAGCUUGGAAUUAGCCCUCAGAUAUUAGCAUCUAUAGUUAUGCAGGUGCUGUGCCAUGUUCUUCCAUCCCUGGUAAAGCUGCGAAAAGAAGGCUUAGAUGGCAAUGAGAAGAUUAAGAGUUAUAUAUGGUGGCUCUCUCUUGGCUUUGCAAUGUUAGAAGCUGUGGUAAUUGCGUGUUAUUCACUUCCGUAUUCAAUUUAUGCAGCCACUCACAGGGUCAAGCAUGUGAUGGUGACAGCUCUCUUAUUGGUAUCUGGUGCUAUGACAGUGACUUGGAUUUGUGAUACAAUAUCAGAAUCUGGAUUUGGUCAAGGCUCAUCUCUAAUCAUAUGUGUGGGAAUUCUGACGGGCUACACAGAUACAUUAUACAAGAUGUUGUGCCAACUCUCAGGAGGUGCUGUUAGUUGGUUACCAUAUGUCAUGGCUGUUUUGGGUGUUUUUACUAUGGUCACUAUGUGGGCAGUUGUUGUGACUGAAGGUUGCAGGAAGAUAAAGCUGCAGUAUUAUGGUUUUAAGCUUGCUUCAGCUGCAAGGGAUGAUACUCCUAUGACUGAAGUGGAGCCCUAUAUCCCUUUCAACAUUAAUCCAUCAGGAAUGCAGCCAGUUCUCACUACGACUUAUCUCUUAGCAAUUCCCAGUAUUCUUGCAGGCAUUCUUGGUUCACCUUUCUGGGAGCAUGUCAAAGAGGCAUUGAACCCUGAAACAUCUCUUGGUGCGGCACCGUGGGUCUACUAUUCAAUCUAUGGAUUUUUUGUCUUUUUGUUCAACAUAUUCGACAUAGCCAACUUGCCAAAGGAGAUUGCAGACUAUUUGAACAAGAUGGGUGCCAGGAUACCAAAUGUAAAACCUGGGAAAGCUACCAUUGAGUACCUAACGAAGAUCCAGGCAUCAACACGUUUUUGGGGAGGUUUAUUGCUGAGUAUUUUGGCAACUACAUCAACCAUACUCGACCACAACUUGCGUCAAAUCAAUGAAGGAUUUUCAAUUGGGUUUACAUCAGUUUUGAUUAUUGUGGGUUCCAUUAUUGACCUAAGAAGAUCUUAUCAAGCUUAUAAUGUCAUGCCAAGUUUAAGCAAAGCUCUAAAGCGAUACGGUGUAUAACAUUAGAUCUGAUGAGGCCGUAUUCCUCCUUCCCAUCAUUCAGUUGACCAAUGAUGCAACAGAGCAGAUUCUGAAGCCUCGUGUAAAGCUUAAAGCUUGUAGCCUUGUAGGUCUUACAAAGGAAAGGGUAGUCAUGUUUCAGGCGUUGUCGUGUCAUGAACCGGUAACAGCUCAAGGGCAUAGUCUAGCAAGGAAUAGGGCAGGAAAUACAGAACUCAUUUAAGUUGACUGCGUAGUGAUGUAAAGAUGAAAUUGUGCGAUGUAAAAAUUUUGGAUGGCUAGAUAGCUGGUGGGAAUUAAAAUUAGCCCUAGCAUUUUGCUUUUGCAGUACAUUAAACUCUGCCGCCUUUCUUUUGAACAAAUUUACUUGGUUUGCAAUUUAUACUAGGCAAGAACUACUCUUCAUUCA